ACACUACUUUUAAAAUUAUUACGCUCACUAAUCGAUUUCAAAGAAAUAAUGACCAAGUACUCAAAUUAAGAUUAGAUUGGAUCAAAAUAUUCCUUAACUAUUUUUACAAAAUUAUUUGAUAUGGUUUUGUUAUUUCAAUGAAAGAAAGUUAUUGAAUAUGGGUAUCUCAUUAGGACAUAGCGGAGGCAUGGAUAGUUUGUGAUGCGGCUCUUGCUAUUAACGAAAUACUCAAGGAAAUGGAAAAUAUGUUGUCUUUUGCCUAAUAUUCAGAAAAAACUACAUUUUGAGCAUCAUGACUUCAGAAGUAGAAGAACAUGUCCUUGCAAAAUAUGAAAUAAAGAAGCGACUGGGAAAAGGAGCAUAUGGCAUUGUGUGGAAGGCCAUUGACAGGAGAACAAGGGAGAUCGUUGCUUUGAAGAAGAUCUUUGAUGCUUUCAGAAAUCAGACAGAUGCUCAGAGGACAUUUCGAGAAAUCAUGUUCUUACAAGAAUUCAGUGACCACAAGAAUAUUGUUAAAUUAUUGAAUGUGAUGAGAGCAGAAAAUGAUAAAGACAUCUACCUCGUGUUUGAGUAUAUGGACACUGAUCUCCAUGCUGUAAUCAAGAAAGGAGGGAUCUUAAAGGACAUUCACAAACGUUAUAUAAUGUAUCAGCUUAUUAACGCAACCAUGUACUUACAUUCUGGAAAUGUAAUACACAGAGAUCAAAAGCCGUCAAAUAUCCUAUUAGAUACAGAAUGCUUUGUGAAGGUAGCUGACUUCGGCCUCGCCCGUUCAAUAACACAAAUAGAUGCAGUCUUGAGCGAAGACAAUCCUGCGCUGACGGAGUAUGUGGCAACGAGAUGGUAUAGAGCUCCAGAGAUUCUGCUAGCUUCUAAAAGAUACACUAAGGGAGUGGAUAUGUGGAGUGUCGGCUGUAUACUUGGAGAGCUUAUCAAAGGCAAACCAAUGUUUCCUGGUACAUCUACAUUCAACCAGCUAGAGAGGAUAAUGGCCAUUAUUGACCCACCCAACAAGGCAGACGUAGAGGCUAUACAGUCAGACUAUGGAGCUACAUUUGUAGACAUGUCAAAACUCAGGCACAAGCAGUCGAUAGAGGAAGUCUUACCGGGCGCGCCAGCUGAUGCAAUAGAUUUGAUAAGAAAACUAUUACAUUUCAACCCAGACAAGAGAUUAACUGCCAAACAAGCUCUUUCACAUCCAUAUGUAGCCAGAUUUAGAAUUAAAUCUGGUGAGAUAUUUCUAGACUAUGAUGUAGUCCCACCCCUAGAUGAUGAUGUACAGCUCUCUGUCAAUGAAUACAGGUCUAAACUAUAUGAGAUGAUGAAAGAGAAGAAAGCGAGACACCGUCAGCAGCUACGCGAAGCCCAGCAAGCCCAGAGGAGAGGGAGCCAGUCAUCUACCCCACCCUCCGAGCAGGGUAGUCCCAUGGUCAAUGGGUCUUCGGCCUCAGCUCGGUCUAACCAGGCCGUCAGCAGUAGAGGGACAAGUAGACCGAGACCCCAUGCGGUUGGUGCAGGAGGGGCAGCGGCAGUAACUCAGGCCCCUUCAUCAACGACAUACACAAAUUACACAGCCGAGGCAAGGAAACACAGACCCCCACUGAGCUCUGCUUCAGCGAAUGGACACACCCCCACCAAGCGCCUCCACCAUACCUCAAGUGCCCCCAUGCUACAUUCAGGAGUAGCAUUUGGUAGAACAACAGCAGACCCCGCUCCUGCCCCUAUGCAGAGGAAAAACUCAGUAAGGCAGAACCUACAGAGACAGAGGAGUCUAGAAAACAUUACUGCCGGUCAGUACAAUAGCAAUGAGAACCAGUACCAAUCAUCCGGCUAUGGUCAGCAACGUCCAUCGUCCGGUCACCACCAGCGCACCAGGUCAUUCUCAGCCGGUAUACGCAAUAGCACCAUCACUAGGGAUACCAAGGGUCAUCAAGGUGGGAGUCUGGCCGUGUCCAGCUCGAGACUAGUCCCUGCACAGAGACCCAUUUCAGCCCAAGAAAGCAGGACGUCCCACGCCGGAGGGCGUAAGCAGUUCGGAUCCAAGAACAUUGGCUCUUCGGGCGCACCUCGGACAACGUUUGGCAGCUACAGCCAGGCCCAUGGUACGAUAUCAGCUAGCAGUUUGGCUAAGCUACAGGGAAGGUAGUCUUCUUCACAGACCCUGCACACGGUUUCUCGACACUAGUGGUUUAACCAGCAUGCCAAAAAAGCCCACAAUUUUACUAAGCAGUGGGGAUGGUAGCCUUCUGCUCCUCACCUGCGAACUGUUUUCCUGCACAAAAGAUUAUCUGAACUACAAGGGAAACCCACAAUUUUACUAAGCCGCAGGGAUGGUAGUCUUCUACUGCUAGCCUGCGAACUGUUUCUGUGCACAAGAGAUUAUUCAAAAGUACAAGGGAAGCCCACAAUUGUACUAUGCUGCAGGGGCGGUAAUCUUGCACUUUAUCCGCAACCUUUCGGACAACGCAUGUGAAUCAUUCAGAGAGUCAAGACUACAGACUGGAAUCCUCUCUUGUCUGAAUCCUGUCCAGUGUUGUGAUACAUUAGCUAGCAGAUUAGCGUUGGCACAGGGAAAAUGUUCUUUACAUACAGGAUAGUGCCCUUUUCCUGUUUCUGGGCACUUGUGGUCUGGCCACUCAAUGGACAUAAGUCCUCAGUAGCCUACAAGCUAUCCAGGGUCCUGUUUUACAAAGAGUUGUAAUUGACUCAAAUCAAUCUCACAUUGCCAAGCUACAGCUGGGGUAAUAAUAUCCAAGUCCUUUGGAAGCGCAUAGAGACAUUAUUCAUAAUUGUGAUAUGCGCUAUACAAGAACUGUUUAUUAUUAUUAUUAUUGCAAUAUAAUAAUAAUAAUACCAACAUGCUGUAUAUAUCACUGCCAAAUGCAUCCCUAUGCACUUAAUUGGAUAUUAUUAUUGCGGUGGCAUUUCAAGGAAUAAAUUCCUGCCAGGUACCCUUGUACCUCACCUGGGUCGAGUGCAGCACAGUGUGGAUAAAUUUCUUGCCGAAGGAAAUUACGCCAUGGCUGGGAUUUGAACACACGACCCUCUAGUUUCAAAGUCUGAAGACUAAUCCACUGGGCCACAACGCUCCACACAAUAUAUCUGAAUAUGUGUAUGGAAGAGAUUAAGAUCAAUCCCAAUUUGAGAUUGAUUUGAAAUCGCAGCUCUCAGUAAGACAGGGUCUUGGAGUUUGCUGUCAGCAUGCAGUAUGGUCAAGCUACAUGGUUGUCGGGGAUCACAACCAUUUCUACAGCAUACUAUCGCAGGGUUUGACAAAGCAAUAGGAAGUUAUGUCAACAUCUCGGCACCAUUUCAUGAAGCGUGUCACCACUGACCAAGUUAGCAUUCAUUGACACUGUCAUUGCGUGUGGAUUAAUUACUUGUAGUAUGUGCCAUGCAGCAAUCUUCACUGUUGUCAAAACCAUUGGAAGGGUAGUGUUUCAUGAUAGUUGUCAGCAUUCCACAAGUCGUCAUCCUUUGGCAAUCACCUUAAUUGCAACAUUCAAUGCUUCCUGUCAGAAUAAGCCUGCUACCACCAACGAUUUCACUGGACAGGGGAUCGGGGCGAUUUUGGCCUCCAAAUUCUCAAAAGAGUAACCUGCUUGCUCAGUGACCUCAAAUUUUGUAACAAAGUUGGCGGAGUACAGCAAGCUUGCAUAUAUGCCAGACAAGACAAGAGCCAUGGAAAUUUAAAAAAGAACCCCCCCCCCCCCCCCAAAUCCCCAUUCGCUACAAUGUUAAAGCUCAUCCAAUGUUGCAGAUAUAGGCAGUAGCUUAUGAGAAGUAGUCCCAAAAAUGAAAUAUUAUUUUUUGCCUGGGUCAUACACAUACAUGAUGUAGCUCAUAAUAGUCAGUACUGACAACUUUCAUGAAACAAUACCCUAAUGCUACCAUCACACCAAGAAAACAGACUCCAGGGUCCCGUAACACAAAAGCUAGCGAUUAAUCGUACACUAAAUUUUCACGACUGAUUGUACAUUGUAGUCAAUAGAUUUAAUCGUAGAUAAAAUGUUCUACGAUCAUUGCUAAGCUUUGUGUUAAGGCAACUGCACACCUUACGAUUGGUCUGCGACCCGAUUUUGGAAUAAAACAUAGUAGAAUUUGAUACUAUUAUUGAAACAUGGAAUAUCUUACUGUGUAAUGUUCUAAAUCAUCGCACGAAUACCUAUCUGUGACAAUGCUAUCAUCCUUCUUAGAAUGAAAGCGAAUUUAAUAUCUAGUCGUAAUGACGUCAUAGCAGUUGUACGAUUGGCUAAGAUUUGAAACUAAUUUGGCCUUUACUCCAAAAUAAAGGCUUGCAAUCUUUCAUAAUGGUUAUAUUGGUAUUCUUUCAAUUACUUUUAACCUCAAAUAAAAUGAUAUUUUCCAUUCACAUUUUCAGAAAAUGAGCAAAAUGCUAUCUGAUCCAAAAUCGGAUCUCAAACAGUCGUAAGGUGUGCGGAGGCCUUCGUGGGCCCCAGACCACACCAAUCAAUUAUGCUAUUACCAAUGGCAUAUCAUUGAUUGGUUUGUAGUUGGUUUCGUUGGUGUGACUUUAGCUUAACUCUACAUCUUGAUAUGUGCAAGCUCAUAACCUAAACCAUGAAGUCCUUGGUUUAUCUCCAAUAUUCACCAAGGCAUAGAGUGACAUCCGCAAACGUUUCAGUAGUGUUCAAAUUUGUGACUACCUGCUGGGAAUUUUUGGCCCAAAGUACUGAUCAGGCAUGCUUUUUAUGCUUGUGCCUGCAGUGCAAGGACAUAUAUACUUGAAUCUAGAUAAUUGCAGUAAGACAACUAGAUUACAUUUAUCUUCAUUCUACAAAGAAAGUACAUUUGUGUGAAUAAUUCUGUGUUUCUUCAUUAUUUCUCUUUAAUCUUCAUUUUUCUUAGUAUACAAUGUCAACAGGUUAAUAAUAUUAUGUAUUAGAUUUAUAUAAAUCACUUUCUGUCGUAAUGAGAUGCACAACGCGCUUCAGAACAAAUAAGAUACUGAAGAACCAUCCCCC